CCGUAGGUAUUCCCCUCGGUGCCGCGGACGGCCCGGCGGCGGCCGGCCGGGACGGACGGGCCGGGGCGAGCGAGGCGGUCGUCAAGCUGCCAGCGCAGCGGCGCGCUUCGAGUUCUCGCCGCGUCGUCUGCUGAGUCGGUCCGAGCCCGACGCGGCCCCGUCAGUGUCGGCGGAUCAGCGGACGUGAACGCACCUACCUCAACGAGAACAAAACUUUCCUUUUACUUAUUUUGAAGUACAGUGGCUGCUUUGCGGUGCCGGGCGCGCGGGGGUGUGGCCGUUGGAAGAGACCCCGCGACCUCGAAGCGAGGAGCCGUCCUCUUUUCGCUGUGAAGCUCCGCUCCACACUUGAGGAUGCCUGCAGCGCGACACGAGCGUGACGUGGUGCUGGGCGUCGACCUCGGCACCACCAACUCGGUCGUGGCCGUCGUCCAGGACGGCGACGCAGAGGUGCUCGUCAACGACGUCGGCAACCGGCUGACGCCCAGCUGCGUCCAUGUCCCGGGCUCUGGCCGCCAGGUGGGCGAGGCGGCCCUGCGCAUGGCCGUCAGCGACCCCGAGCACACCGUCCGCAACGUGAAGCGCGUGCUGGGGCUCCCCGCGGACGCCAUCACGAAUGACCCCUCCAGACCACUAGGAGGAGUCGUAAGAGUUCGGAAUGCCAGCGAGGGCGUCGGCGCCGUCCUGAAGCUCGGCGAGCGUUUCCCCCUUGCCACCGAGGAGGUGGCCGCCACGAUCCUAGUGGAGCUGAAGAAGGCGGCGGAGGCGCACCUGGGGCGCGCCGUCAACAAGGCGGUGAUCGCCGUGCCGACCUACUUCAACGCGGCGCAGCGCCACGCCGUGAGGGACGCAGGGACGCUCGCCGGGCUAGAAGUACUGCGGCUGGUGAACGAGCCCACGGCCGCCGCCAUGGCGUACGCGCACGACCGGGAGUUCACCAAGACCAUCGUGGUGGUGGACGUGGGGGGCGGCGGCAGCAGCAUCUCUGUCGUCCGGGUGGAGCACGACAAGAUCAGCGUCCUAGCCAGCUCGGGCCAGCGCCUACCGGGCGGGGAGGACUUCGACAACAUGAUGGUGGAGCACCUCAAGCAGGUGAUCCUCGAUCAGCACGGAAAGUCUGUGCAGGACGCGCGCUCAUUGGAGCUGCUGCGUGCGCACUGGGAGAAGGCAAAGCAGAAGCUGUCGCGCAUACCAACCACCAAGAUUUCCACCUUCCUCCCCGACGUGGACCUGGAGUUCCAGUACGAGGCAAGCCGCGGCGACCUGGAGAAAUGCAGGCCGCUGUUCGAGCGCAUCGUCGGCGCCCUGCUGGAAGUGCUGGACGCAGCAGAGGUGCAGAAAGAGGCUGUGGACGACAUCCUGCUAGUGGGCGGCUCCACUCGGGUGCACCGCGUGCGCGAGCUGGUGCAGGAGGCCCUUAGCGACACGCGGCUGUGCAAGGCCGUCCACCAGGACGAGGACGUGGCCAAGGGCGCCGCGCUCCUCGGGGCUGGCUGCUUCCAGGUGAAGGACGUGACCGCCCUGCAUAUCAACGUCAUGCACAACGGCGAGGAGAUCACCAUCGCCGCCAACACCCAGCUCCCGUACAAGAACUGCAAAACCUCGGCGAAGGACGCCGCAGUCAUGGUGCGCCAAGGACACUGGGUCAACCGGGGCGCCGAAGAGAUGCCGCUGACGGCCAUCAUCGAGGCGCCCAGGAGGGCUCGCAUCUCCUUCGCGGGGAUCCAGGUGGACGAGAGCGGCCUGUUCGAAUUCCUGGACGCCCGCGGCAGGCCGUUGGAGGUGGUGCCCCGGGGCUGCCUGUCGAGGCAGAAGCUCGCGGAGCUACGGGACAGGAACCGUGAGCGCGAGCGUGAGCAGGAGGGCGAGAAGAGCAUGAUGGAGGCGAAGAACGCGCUCGAGGCCAAGUGCCGCACGCUCAUAGCCCUGCAGGUGGCCGACGACGACCCGGACGCGGAGUUUAUUGGCCAGGUGAAGCGGGCGUGUCAGGAGAGGCUCGACUGGCUGCAGGGCAACUCUGACGCGACCCGCGAGGAAGUCGACUACGAACUGGAGCUGGUAACUAAGGGGGAGGUGUGUCUGAGUGACACCAGGAAGGCCCGAGCGUUGGACGCGCUAGAACGCGAAGGGGAGCGGAGGCGUGCCGAAGAGGAGGAGGCGCUCAGGGUGCGCGCCAGGACCGCCCUGGCCGAGACGUGCCGCGCCGUGGCCGCCAAGCAGGUACCCGACGACGACCAGGACGCUGCGGCCUUCGCGCACCUACAGGAGCGGUGUGGGCACGAGCUGAUCUGGCUGCAAAACAACCCCGAGGGGGCCCUCGAAGAGUUGGACCGCAAGAGGGCAGAGAUCGACCAAGAGUGGUCGGAUCUGCUCCAAAAGGGAGAGGAUCGCGCUCGUCGUCGGCACGAAGCGCGCCCCAGAACCGCUUCCUCCGUCUCGCAGCCGCGAGACGCCAGGCAAGCGAAGGGCAUUGGCGCCGGGACCUCCAGCGUCUCCUCGCGAGACGUCUGUCAAGGCGAUGGCGAGCCGGCUUCCACAAACGUCUCUAUGGAGGCGGCGGGGGCCGCAGAGCGAGAGCGGACCGACCACCAGCAGGCACAGAUCCUCCUAAAGGAAACCUACAAACAUGUCUUCACUGUGGAGGGACUCCGGCGCAAGUCUUUUACUCCGCCUCUGUCGCCCGAUUCUGCCAAGGGUCCCACGUCGAGGUGGUUGCAGGAGCACCCGGACGAGACUCUGCGCGCCCUGGGCCAGGACGUCGCCCAGGAAGCGCUCCUCGAGGCUAGGAGGGCGGGGGCGGCCGUGCUACUCGUGGACGCAGUGCAGGGCUGCGUGGCGCUGAGCGUGCGCUACCUGCGGGGCGAGGCCGCCAGGGCGCCGGUGGAGCGCCUGCUGGCGCUGAGGGACGCCUUCACGACGACGGGCGGCGACUUGCUCAGGCACCUGGACGAGCUAAGCGCCGGGGAGGAUCCGGCCGCGCUGACACGCGUCCUCCUUGGUGUUAGCUGGGAGGACGACCUCGGCCCCGUCAGCGCCGCCGCCGGCGAGCUGCUCGCCCGCCUCCAGGUCAGGGCCAGCGCGGAGCAGCACGCCGACGGCCGGCGCCCCGCCCCUGUGCGGCUCUGGGUCGGCGGCCACAGCCUGGAGAUGCGUUUGGCCAACGAGUGCGCCGGGCAGCACCCAGAGGCUAGGUCGUUCUUCGAGCACGUGCACACCGUCAUGGAGCUGUUCUUCGGUCCUGGGGGUGGGUUCGGGCUGCUGAGGCGGCACUGCCCCACGGUGCGGCGCGAGGACGGCGCCUCGGUGCGCGGCCUGGUGCAGAUGCUGGCGCUCCCGGGCGCCGGCGGCGCGGAGGGCGUGACCAAGGCGCUCGUCGACCUGCGGGCGCAGAGCCGCCAUCGCAGGACGCGCGCCGCCGUGGACGAACUCCUGGGCGUCAUGCAGGACCCAAUCUUCCUCGCUUGCGCCUGUAUCUUCGACCAGUUAUUUUCCUCGUUCCGGAGCGUGGGGCGUGUCUUAGUUUUGGAGACCACCGAGUACUCAAACCCGGCCGUCUUAGAACAUUUAUCUGCCGACCUCAAGGCACAGGCGCGCGAGGACGCCAAGCUACGCUUCGAGUCGAGGCGCGAGUUUUCCAAGCUGGCGACUCGGUUGUCGGAGACGGCGAGGACGGCCGUGGAUCAGUGCAUCCGCGAGACCGCCCCUGCUACCUGGGUGCAGCACGUCGUGGCCUUUGGGGGGGACGCCGACCACCCUUUGCUGCAGUCCGUCCCCCGCGAGGUGCGGCUCAGCGUCCUGGACGACCUGCGGCGCGCACGCGAGCUGGGGCUGGCCGCGACAGACCCGUGGGCGCUGCUGCAGGCGCUGCCGCCCGCGCGCUUCCGGGCGGACUUCCCCGACCUGGACAAGGCCCUCGUGGCGCUGCUCACCGCGCCACUGCUGCCGUGCCGGGGCCCGGGUGGCGCAGAGGCCCGCUCUGUCGACCUCCUGCGGAAGGGCAUGCUGGCGGCCAGCGACUGCCCCGACGUCGUCCUGGAGCCCGUCAUACUGCUGCUGUCAUCUACGGACUGGUCCGGAGUGUAUGACCGCGAAAAGGAUUUCUGUCCGUUGCUGAAGGCACUGGUCCCCAUAGUUCAGCAGUAGUUAUAAGAGUAACGUAGUUUGUAGAGUUAGCACCUUCUAGUCAUCAUUGUCAGUGGACUGUUUGAUUGUAAUGACUGAAUUUUUUCUGACUGUUUUAAUUUAACACCACAAACUGUGGACCAAUGCAUGUUAAUUAUUUUAUUACUUUUUUGUAGAGCUCUAAGCAGUGUAAGUCGUGUUACAAAAUUUGUUUUAAGGAAACCACAAUGAUUUUGUAGAAAAAACUUUUAACUGGUUGAGUUUUGAUUGAACUUGAUUAAAGAAAUGCUUUGAUGGUUAAAA